CACUGCAGUGCAGCCCCACGGUUCACACUCCUUGCUUGCUUGCUUUGUUCUGCUGGGACGAAACGAGCUGUGCUGAUCUUCUUGCAGAGCUUCCCGGCUCUCAGUCCAACAACACCGUAGGUACUCUCUCCUUCCCCGCCAUCCCUUCCGAGCAAUUAACGACGACGACAAGAGCUUCCUCCAACCCUCGCUGUCGACCAUCUACGUGCACCUUGAGGCAAACACAGACGCAUCGAGCACGGUAAAAAGAAGAAUUGAAUUUUCUCGUCCUACCCUAGGCCUGACGGAUGUCAUUACCAUCUGCAUACCUCGAAGAGAUCGAAUCCCUCAACCGAGAGGUCCUGAAGACUGAUCCCGCCGAUAUCCUUCAGUUCUGCGCCAACUAUUUCAGCCGUCGACUCGAAUCCGAGCGCGCUCAAUUCCUUUUGUCUACCGACCGACAUCCCAAGAUGUCCGGAAGUACGUUCCCGGGUCGACUCGGCACCAAUGCCAACCCCUUCGGCGGUGACGGCACUGGUGUGGGGAAGGAGCAAAUGAGCUCUGGUGCAAUCUCAAAGGUGAUGGAGGAAGAGGAGAACGAUACCAUCACAUCUCCCACGACCUCAAGCUUUGCUUUCACCAAAGGAGGCAGUUCGACUUUCGGCGCCCCCUUCGGCGGGGAUGCUUCUGGAGAUGGCCCACCAUCCUCCUUCAAGCCCACGAGCUCCGAAGGUUUCCCAGCACAUUAUGGUAUGGGAAGACGCACUUCAGUCUCUGCGGAGUCUCUUAACCCCACGGCUUCUUCCAAUGACAAUUGGUCGCCACCCUUCCACCCCAAAUCGGAAGAUCAGAUAGCAAGACUGAAGAAAUCUAUCUCCGGAAAUUUCCUCUUUAGUCACCUUGACGAUGAGCAAAGCUCUCAGGUCUUGGGUGCGCUAGUAGAGAAACCAAUUCCUGCUAAAGGGAUCAAGGUCAUCACACAAGGCGAUCAGGGUGACUUUUUCUAUGUCGUUGAAAAAGGCUCUUUCGACGUCUACGUCAACCCUGCCGGCUCUUUGCAACCAGGUCUGGAUGGUCUUGGUUCGAAGGUGGCAACGAUAGAGCCUGGUGGAUCUUUUGGUGAGCUUGCUCUCAUGUAUAACGCCCCAAGAGCAGCCACUGUUAUGUCUGCUGAAGCUGGUUGUACCUUGUGGGCUCUUGAUCGUAUCACAUUUCGCCGGAUUCUCAUGGACUCUACAUUCCAGCGCCGUCGGCUGUACGAGAGUUUCCUUGAAGAGGUUCCACUUCUUUCGACUUUAACUCGCUACGAGCGAUCCAAGAUUGCGGAUGCGCUGGAGACCCAAAAGUUCCCUGCUGGCACGGCAAUCAUUAAAGAAGGAGAUGCAGGGGAAGCUUUCUACCUCUUGGAAAGUGGCGAAGCCGAGGCGUAUAAAGCUGGUACGCAACAAUCGGUGAAACAAUACGCGAAGGGAGACUACUUUGGAGAACUGGCUUUAUUGAACGACGCCCCACGAGCGGCGAGUGUGGUCAGUAAAACAGAGGUCAAAGUAGCUACACUAGGAAAGGACGGCUUCCAGAGACUGCUAGGUCCUGUUGAAAGCAUUAUGAGAAGAACGAAGUAUGAAGGAUCGAUUUGACAGGCGUUAGACACGGGGUCACGUUUGUUCAUGAUACAAUGGCUUCUGUGGCUCAGAUACCUUUGAUGCAAAGAGCUCAAUGACACUUCAACUAUGCUUAACAUUCUA